AUCUUUUUUAACCCCAAAAUUGUGAAGCCGCCCAAUUAUUCACCAAAAUUUUUAGUCUCCGCCAUAAAUCUUUUCCCAAAUCUCGGACAAGAUAUUUUCUUUCUAAAGUCUCUUCUUCUCCGCCAAAACUCUCUUCUUCUCCGAUAAAUACCCCCCUAAUUCCACUUCUCCUUUACGAAAAAUAACAGAGCCUCUCUCAAUAUAUCAAGUAUGCAACCACCAAGAAGAGGAGGUUUCCCCCCAAGAGCUACCGCCGGACGAGGUGGACCCAGUUUCGUGAAGAACACAAACCCUUGUGCUCCACCGGGGUUUCCACUGCGAAGCAUUGAGGAACUACUACAAGCACCUGCACGAAGAAACCAGCCGACUCUCCACCCUGAGAAGAAAGAUGGCGCUCUUUGGAUAUCAAUUGACAAUGAGGUCAAGUAUGAUAUAAAGAGGGCUUUUUCCAACGAUUUUGAAGGACCUUGGUGGAAUCUCAGUCUGGUUCCUCCAGAGCAGCAAGACAAGUGGUGGUCUGAUUUUGUGCAAAAGUAUUACUGGGAUUCAGACCACCAUAAUUUGGUGAAGGCUCUUUGGACAAAACAACUAAGGAGAAUGAUCUCAAACAACAUCAGCAAGGGAAAGACAAACAACAAAAAGCCCAACUUUGUCUCUGAUAACAACUGGAAGUUGAUGUGGCGACACUGGAACACUCCUCAGGCACUUCAUGUUAGCACCACAAACUCCAAGAACAGGAAAUCAGAGCGUGAUGGAGAUGGUAUACAUCAACACAUCUCAGGUUCCAAAUCUUAUGCCAAGAUCAAAUAUGAAAUGAUGAUGGAGUUGGGUGAGGAGCCAGCUAUCACUGACCUGGUGCGGAAGACUCAUAUGAAAAGUGACGGCACGUUUGUAGACAAGCGUGCAAAGAGGAUUAUUGAAGAAGUUGAGUCUAUUGUUGUUUCAGAACACCCCAGCACUGAUGAGACUGAUAGCCAAGGCUCCAACUCAGAAGCAUCAAUCACACCAGUUAUGAGAGAUGAGGCUUUUUACAGGGUGGUCAAACCACACAAAGGCAGGCUGUUUGGACUUGGAACAGCACAAAUGGAGAACUAUGAUCACAUUGCUCCACCUGCUGUUGUUCUUACUCGUCAAGCUCAAUUGGAGAAAGAGGUGAUCAAUCUUACUGGCAUGGUCAAGUUGAUGAGCCAGCAGCUCACUGCUCUGUGUGAAGCUAGAGGAGUGACAGCCUCUGAUGCAACUACCAACCCUUCUCCAUCUUCACCUCCUUCCACCAACGAGCCUAGAAUCUAGAUGGUGUUGCUGACUUUCUGUUAGCUUUUUUUCUGUGAAAAUUGAAGACAUAACAGUUAGAAUCUUUUUGUGUUAUGUCUGUUAGUUUUCACUUAUCAGUUUCAUGUUCUGUUUCUACUAAAUGAAUGCUUUGUUUCCAUUAUGUUUCAAGAGUUUCAGUUUAUUUUAA